AUGGCAGGCAGACAACCAGCAAAAGGAUCCAAUGCUUUUAACCCAAAGCAAUAUGAACGCCCAGGACUCACUGAAGACGAAAUUGAAGAAAUCAAAGAAGCAUUCGACCUCUUUGAUACUGAUGGGUCAGGGACAAUUGAUCCUAGAGAAUUAACUUCAGCAAUGCAAUCACUUGGCUUUGAAGCCAAAAAUCAAACCAUUUAUCAGAUGGUCAGUGAUUUAGAUAAAGACGGCUCUGGAGCGAUUGACUUUGACGAGUUCCUUGACAUGAUGACUGCCAGAAUGAGUGAUAAAGACACUAGAGAGGAUAUUCAAAAGGUCUUCAGGCUAUUUGAUGACGAUAAGACAGGAACAAUCAGCAUCAAGAACCUCAGAAGAGUCGCAAAAGAGCUAGGAGAAACCAUGACAGAUGAAGAACUCUUAGAAAUGAUUGAAAGAGCUGAUAGUGAUGGAGAUGGGCAAGUUUCAUUCGAAGACUUUUAUAACAUCAUGACUAAAAAAGCCUUCCCUUAA